UAGCAGUCUAGUCACUCGCCAACUAUUCUACUAUAAGCACUCGAUAAAUUCUCUUUGACUGCUUUUUUAUAACUGGCAGCUGUGUCACAACGUGACGAUUAAUAAGGAGCAAGCUUGCUCUCUGAGAGCAUACGUUGUAGGGUAAACAAAAAUAUAAAACCUUCCACCGUGACAGGAACAUAAUAACUGCUCAAUAAAGGUACCUUUUCCUUAUUAAAUGAUUUCCUAUCAAAAAUAUUAUUCACUAUCUGGCAGAUAAAUAAUCUCAUUCACCCACAAACCACGCGUAUUUGCCACAUGAGUAUCUAUGAUUGCAUAUUUAUACGAUUUCAUCGGUUUAUCUUUUAUCGAUGCAUUUCUAGUUCUCUAUGCGUUGUAGAUGCAGCCACCAGCUGUAUGUUACACGUACUAAUUUUUUCCCCGUAUGCCCAGAUAGCCUUAGUCUCAAUUGUAUCUUUUUUUUUUUUUUGGAGGGGUGGUGUGCUGGACCCGAACUCUGGGCUUGGCGCAUCCGAGCCAGGGAUCUCCCACUGCAUCCCGCAAAGCGGAUUUCGGGAACGUUCUGCAGUCCGCACCGCGCACACGCACGCAGGCCGGCGGCUCCCGCGAGACUCCCGCGUCCCGCUCGGCUGCCGGGCGCCGAGACCCUCCGGGGCGCCCGAGCGGCUCCGCAGUCCUUCCUUCCGGAGCGCGCGAGCUGUGCUCUCACAAAAGGCCGGAAGCAGCGACUCUGAACAAGGGGCGCUUUAGGGAGGGCGCCUGCGGCCAGCGGCAGGGCCGAGAGCGCGGACCCGCCCGGCCGCGGGGGAGCCGGAGUCGGCGGCCCCGAAGACGCAGCCGGCCAGUGCGCGCGCGGCUUCCGGAAGUGGGCGGGACAUCCGGGGCCCUCAAUCCGCCAGCGCGGGCCGCGCGCCUAGGCUUCUCAGCCGAGCGUCGAGCAGCCGAUCGCCUCCCCUGAACCGCCCGCGCUCGCGCCGCCGCUCGGGGCUCCUUCUGCCCGCCAGAGGCGCCUACCCCGCCAUGGAGCGUGCGUUCACCCCGCUGGAGCCCCUGCUGCCCGCCGGAAACUUGAAGUUCUGCCUUGUGAUUCUUAACCAGCCUCUGGACCAGUGCUACCGGCAUCUUUGGAGCAAAGCUCUUUUAAAAGCCUGUGCUGAUGGAGGUGCCAACCGCUUAUACGAUAUCACGGAAGGAGACAGAGAAAGCUUCUUGCCUGAAUUCAUCAGUGGGGACUUUGAUUCUAUUAGGCCUGAAGUCAAAGAGUACUACACUGUUCAGGGCUGUGAGCUUAUUUUAACGCCUGAUCAGGAAUACACUGACUUUACCAAGUGCCUUCAAAUCCUUCAGAAAAAGAUACAAGAAAAAGGUCUGCAGGUCGAUGUCAUUGUGACGCUGGGAGGCCUUUCUGGGCGCUUUGACCAGAUUAUGGCGUCUGUGAACACCCUGUACAGAGCUGCUGACAUCAUUCCCAUGCCAACUAUAGUCAUACAAGAGGAAUCCCUCAUCUACCUCCUCCAACCCGGAAAGCACAGACUGCACGUGGACACUGGACUGGAAGGCAGUUGGUGUGGCCUGCUUCCUGUUGGACAGCCUUGCAAUCAGGUGACGACAACAGGCCUGAAGUGGAACCUGACAAACGGCACGCUUGGCUUUGGCACCCUGAUCAGCACUUCUAACACCUACGACGGCUCUGGUGUCGUGACCGUGGAGACGGACUGCCCACUGCUCUGGACCAUGGCCAUCAAAGUCUGAGCUCAGAGCUGGCCUCCGUCGGCGGGCUCGCCCCACCUCGCUCACCUGUAGUUUUUCCUCCUCCACAGGAAGAACUCGCCCAAGUUUUCAGGGCCCUCAACUCCCACGUAGGAAAGCCCACUGGUUUUAAAGCUGUCGGAAGACAGGCAUGUCGUUCAGUGGUCAGGCACUCUGCCCACGCGACUAAGGCCUUGGAUUCCAUCUACUCAGUCACAGAAACAUUCAGUGAUUCAGUAAAAAACACACUGGGGUUUAGAUAAUCCAGGUGUCACUAUAAAGGACAUUUCCAUUCUGUAGAGAUGGAAAAAUUUCAAGUCAGGAAAGUAACUAAGGUCUGUGGCAUUCAGGUGGAAAGCUAAUAUAGACCAUUCCUUUAUAAAGUUUAGCCUGGUUUAUUUCAUUAGUCUUAUGUUAGAAAAUUGUUUAUCAUUUCAAGUCAGAAAGAAGCUCUUAUUGAAGCACCUCUUGCAGACUUGUAUAGCCUUAAAGGCCUGGCACAAGGGCCCCUGUCUGUCUGCUAAUUUUAGAUUUCUCUGGGUAAUUUAGAUUACCAUUGACUAAAAGAAAGAAAUCCUUCCAGACUGGUGUGUUCGAACUGCACCAUUUCAUUUGGCCGUAUUACUGUCUUUGGUGUUGUCUUUUAAAAAUAAGUCAAGGAUCAUUAAAAUAAUUACUGGAUGUGAAAAGCGCUAGUGCCGUACGCUGUGGGAGAAAGAGAAAUGAUCAUUUGUGAUUCCCUACCUAUACUUAAUCCCUAAAUUCAAAAGUAAAAGUGCUACACUUUCAUCAUCAUUGAGGAGAAAAAAAAAAUCUGCAAAGGAAAUUUAAACAUAAAAUGUUAGCAUUAAAAAAUACAGGUAUAGAAACUGCAAGUUUUAUUCUAAUAACUGGAAAAUGAGUCUGUCGGUGGGGAUCAAUGAACACUGGGUGUUGAGCCCAGGCCCAACGUCUGGGCUCCCUGAACCCCUCUCCUUAGCUGAGAAUGGAAGGAGUUAGACUGGGGGUAUCUGAGGCUUCUUCUGACAUCGCAUUCGCAGUCCUGACGCUCAGAAGUUGUAAGACAGGGAGAAGGUGCCGUUUGUUACCAGCUUAGCCAGCGAGCGCCACCCACUUCCUGGAACGCGCUCACGUUUCCCGGAGGAUGAGACCCUCCCUCUU